AUGGGCCACUCGUGUGACUCCGUUAACGCAGGAGGAGAAGGACGAGCUGGAGGUGGCGAAGACCCCAGGCCUGCUCGCACCCAUGAGCAUUUCACCCUGAAGGCCAGCUUCCUUCAGUCGCUGGCGGCAGCACUUCCAGGGGCGGCUGCCGCGGCAGCUGAAGCACAAGCCCCUUCUGGGCUGCCUGAAGGAGCAGAGACUGGGACCGCGUCGUCACGCCAGUCGCAAAGCGGGUGUGCGACCUGA